AUGUCUAGUCGAGUUCUGUAGGGGUGAGUUAGGAUGGGUUCCUCCAGAUCCCCAUGCAGGGAUCACCAUCGCUCAUCUAUUUAUAGCAGACUGUCUGUUGGCUUCAGAGGACAGACUGCUGCUCUUACUGAGUCACGGUUCUGGUCUCGGCAGGCUCUCAGGUUCACCGUGUUGCUUAAUUAGGACAUCCCGGAAAAGUGUCGCCGCCGCUGCUGAGCAGAGCCGAGGGUCGGGUCAGAGAGGGAGAACUGGAACGCAGGAGAACAGAACACAACCUCCUAGAGGGGGAUCCUGACAAGCAGAGGUAAAACACCGCGACGGAAACCCGCUGCAGAACAGAUGAGGGAAGACUGUCACCAUGGAUGAGUUAAUGCAGCGUUUGGAGCGAGCCAUAACCCGCCUGGAGCAAAUGUCCAUCACCAUGGAGACGGCCAACAUCUUGGCCAACGAGAAGUGUGUCAAUGGCAUCAAUGGAGGUCCCUCUCAGAGCGUGGAGGUCUUUGAUGUGCUUCUGAGAGGUCCUCUGUUGGACUAUCUGAACCACAGUCAAGCUAUUGGAAGUGAGGUGCAGAAACAUGCAGAGAUGGUCAGCAAGGCGCUGCAGACUCAAAGAAGUUUUCUCCAGAUGGCUACCUCCCAUCAGGAACCGGCACAGCUGGAGCUUCAAGAUCUCCUGAAGCCAAUUUCAGAUCACAUCCAUGAGAUCCAGAAUUUCAGAGAACGGAACCGCGGCAGCCCUCUCUUCAACCACCUCUCGGCUGUCAGCGAGAGCAUUCCCGCUCUGGGCUGGGUGGCUGUGAGUCAGAAGCCCGGUCUGUAUGUGAAGGAGAUGAACGACGCAGCCACGUUCUACACCAACAGAGUGCUAAAGGACUACAAGGAAGUUGACAGGCGCCAUGUGGACUGGGUGCACUCCUACCUAUCUAUCUGGACCGAGAUGCAGUCCUUUAUCAAGCAGCACCACACAACGGGACUGGUGUGGAGCAAAACUGGCCCAACUGCUCCUGCAUCCCUCUUUGACUCCCCUCCUGCUCCCAGUGCCCCCUGUCCACCUCCUCCUCCUCCCCCUCCUGGUCCUCCUCCAGUCUUCACUGAUGAUGACAGCACACCUGAGGCAAACUCUGCAGCAGCCCAACACUCAGCCCUAUUCACUGAACUUAACCAGGGCAUGGACAUCACCAAAGGCUUGAAGCAUGUCUCCGAUGAGCAGAAGACUCAUAAGAACCCAGAUCUGCGCUCUGAAACAUCAAUAAUCAGAAGCAAAGAUCCCCGGCCUGUAAAGUCUCCAAAAGCAGCCGCCCAGAAAAGACCGCCUCUGCUGGAGCUGGAAGGAAAGAAAUGGAGGGUGGAAAACUUUGAGCAGAAACAUGACUUGGUGAUCGAGGAGACGGAGCUGAAACAGGUGGUGUACAUCUUCAGCUGUAACACCUCCACUCUGCAGAUUAAAGGCAAAAUUAACUCCAUCAUCAUAGACAACUGUAAGAAGCUGGGUCUGGUUUUUGAGAAUGCUGUUGGGAUCGUUGAGAUCAUCAACUCCAAAUCCAUCCAGCUACAGGUGUUGGGAACCGUUCCCACCAUCUCUGUCAACAAGACGGAGGGCUGCCAAAUCUACCUGAGCAAGGAUGCGCUGAGCUGUGACAUCAUCAGUGCCAAGAGCUCUGAGAUGAAUAUCCUGGUACCAGAGGGAGAAGACGACUAUAGGGAGUUCCCAGUUCCGGAGCAGUUCAAGACCAUCUGGGACGGCUCCAAACUGGUGACAGAACCAACAGAGAUCGCAGGCUGAUUGAACACCCGCUGUCAUUAUUCAGACAUAAAAGGGGGAUUUAAUAAAUAGGAAAAUUAAAGGUGCAA